GACCCACCGCAGCCUCGGCUCCAAGUCGGGGGCUAGUGCCAGGCGGAUCCCGGGCGCGCUGGGCAUGAACUUGGAGGGCGCCGGCGGCGGCUGCCGGGGCGGGGACUUCGGCAUGAGCGCGGUGAGCUGCGGCAACGGCAAACUCCGCCAGUGGCUCAUCGACCAGAUCGACAGCGGCAAGUACACGGGGCUGGUGUGGGAGAACGAUGAGAAGAGCAUCUUCCGCAUCCCCUGGAAGCACGCGGGCAAGCAGGACUACAACCGCGAGGAGGACGCGGCCCUCUUCAAGGCGUGGGCACUAUUUAAAGGCAAGUUCCGAGAAGGCAUAGACAAGCCCGACCCCCCCACGUGGAAGACGCGCCUGAGGUGCGCCUUGAACAAGAGCAACGACUUUGAGGAGCUGGUGGACCGGAGCCAGCUGGACAUCUCCGACCCCUACAAGGUCUACCGGAUUGUUCCAGAGGGAGCCAAGAAAGGCGCGAAGCAGCUCAGCCUGGAGGAGCCACAGAUGGCGAUGAGCCACGCCUACGCCAUGACAAGCCCGUACUCCUCGCUCCCAGCUCAGGUCUCAAACUACGUCAUGGCGCCCCACGAGCGGAGCUGGAGGGAGUAUGUCCCCGACCAGUCACACCCCGAAAUCUCCUAUCAGUGCCCCAUGUUUGGACCCCGAGGUCACCCUGGCAAGGCCCCCCCUUGUGAAAAUGGUUGCCAGGUGACAGGCACCUUUUAUGCUUGUGCCCCGCCGGAGUCCCAGGCGCCCGGACUCCCCGUCGAGCCAAGCAUAAGGUCGGCUGAAGCCUUGGCUCUCUCAGACUGCCGGCUGCACAUCUGCCUGUACUACCGCGACGUCCUGGUCAAGGAGCUGACCACCUGCAGCCCCGAGGGCUGCCGCAUCUCGCACAGCCACGCCUUCGAGCCGGGCAACCUGGACCAGGUGCUCUUCCCCUACCCCGAGGACAGCGGCCACCGGAAGAACAUCGAGAAGCUGCUGAGCCACCUGGAGAAGGGCGUGGUGCUGUGGAUGGCGCCCGACGGCCUUUACGCCAAGAGACUGUGCCAGAGCCGCAUCUACUGGGACGGGCCCCUGGCCCUGUGCGGGGACCGGCCCAACAAGCUGGAGAGGGACCAGACGUGCAAGCUCUUCGACACGGAGCAGUUCCUCUCAGAGCUGCAAGCCUUCGCCCACCAUGGCCGGGCCCUGCCGAGAUUCCAGAUCACCCUGUGUUUCGGGGAGGAGUUUCCGGACCCCCAGAGGCAGCGGAAGCUCAUCACGGCGCAGGUCGAACCUCUACUCGCCAGACAACUCUAUUAUUUUGCGCAACAGAACAGUGGACACUUCCUGCGAGGCUAUGACUUACCGGAGCACAUCGGCAGCCCGGAGGAUUAUCACAGAUCCAUCCGUCACUCCUCCAUCCAAGAGUGAAAACGGGCACGUAGGCGAUGGAGUGGUCAGCCUGGAGCACGCGUGACGCGGGACCCGGGAAGGUGUGUGCCACGCCUCUGCGCGGCCCUGGCUUCCGUCCCUGCCACCACCUGAAGGAAAAAAAAAAUAGAAGAAAAAAAAGAAAACAUUGGGGCAUGCGGUAGGCCAGCUAUGGGGCACCCGCUCUGUGAGCCCGAGGCCAGUGGGGAGGCUCCGAGUUGGAUCCCCGGCUCCGCCCCGCACACCUGACUGAAUGUCUCCCCCGCCCCCCCGCGCCGUGAGCUCUCUGCAGCCCCCGUGUGC